AAUCUUUGUUUGCACAAUAACUCUAGAAUGAUUUGACCUAGGACCAUCAAGCUUCAAUGUUAGGAUGCCUGCCCUUAACCAGUAGAUAACUCUAUUGAUUUGGAGUGAAAAAUUCAAACAUUACAGUUUUACAAAAAAUCUUCCCACAGUUCAAAGUUUUAAAUGUUUGGCUUCAUGAAAAUCAGGGAUGAUAAAAUUCCGGAUUAAUCCAGAACUCCGGAUUUAAGGCCUCACGGAUCGAUAUUGAGAUUAAUGUAAAUCUGUUGAGUUUUUUUCUAGGGGGGAGGGGUACAGGGAAGCGAUACGAGCUCAGUUUGAACAAUAUGGGUACGGAAAGGUGAGUUUUCCGGAAGUGAAAAGCCGGAAAUUAACGAACGUAUUUCCGUCUUGGCAAUCGAGCUAAAUGAUUGGUUAAGAUAGCAUCAGGUGAUUACGGAAAUUACCGAUGGGACUAGAAGACAGUAUUCGGAUAGUCGUAUCUGGAUAUGACAGACGACGAAGACGAAUAAACGGGUAUUGGAAAAUUGGAAAAAAACAACGACCACCACCAACUUCUAAAAACAUCGAUUCGUCGAUUUUAAGGGUAUGUUGAUGGUUACAAAAGUCAUGGAUGAACAGACACCUCAGCCAGUGCAUCCAGUUGUUGCUGUCAAUGACUGACAAUUCAAUCCAGAGGCCAUGAUACUUGGAUUUAUGGCUGAACAUGCUCCCUGGCACCACAGUAGUGUGUCUUACUUAAGACACUUGCCAAAGAUACAAAAGCUCUCAGCAAAUUAAAACGUCAUAUGAAGAAAGGUGUGGAACAGAUCCAAGCCUCGCUUCACAACAUCGAUGGAGUGCUGGAGAUCCAUGAUGCCAGAAUCCCUUUCUCAGGCAGAAACAAUCAGCUGCGAGAUGUCUUUCACGUCAGGCCCCAUGUUUUGGUUCUGAAUAAGAGUGACUUGGCUGAUCUGUCAAGGAAGAAGGAGAUUGAAGAGAAACUAUAUAGCCAGGGCAUAAACCAUGUCCAGUUUACUGCUAGUUUGGCAAAGGACAUAUUCAAAGUUAUAAGAAAGGAUAUAGUGCCGAUAUUGUUAAAAGAUAUUCAGUCACGUCCAAGGUUUAGGCCGGAUAUCCAUAACCAUUAUAACAUUAUGGUGAUUGGUGUUCCAAAUGUUGGCAAGUCAACCAUGCUGAAUAAGUUGCGUGAGUCUUAUACAAAGCAGGGGAAAGGUGCAGCAGUUGGGGCAUCACCAGGAGUAACUAGAUCUGUGAUGAACAAAGUGCGUGUUAAUUUUGAUCCAGACAUGUAUGUGGUGGACACUCCAGGAAUUCUCAGCCCAAAGAUUGGUAGCGUUGAUACCGGCAUGAGAUUGUGUCUUUGUGAUUCAAUCCCAAACAGACUGAUGGGAGAAGAUCAUAUUGUCGACUACAUGCUCUACUGGCUAAAUAAGCACCACAAUUUUAAAUAUGUGAAGUACUAUGAUUUGAAAGAGCCAUGUGAUGAUGUGAUGGAUUUUCUGGCUCAGAUUGCUAUUAAGAACCAGUUUGUGAUGAAAACUAAGGAACUUACACACUCCGGUGGCCUUCAGUAUCGACUGAAUUUUGUGAGAGCAGCUACAUUUGUAUUGAAAGACUUUCAGAGGGGCAAUUUGGGCAAGAUAAUGUUAGAUGAUGAUUAUUUAGAUUUUUGAAAAACGUUCAUUGAAUAUCAAAUUGCAUUUCCGUUAAAUUAUAUAUAUAUAUAUAUAUAUAUUUUUUUUCUUGUUUAUCAGUAAAUAUCAUGAAGUAUUUAAUAUCACAUUCAAGAUAUUUGUAUGAUAUGCCUUUGGUAAAAUUUGUAGAUAUUUAAAUUUAGUUUUUUUAGCUCUACUGGCCAAAGGCCAGAAGAGCUUAUGCGAUGGUAAUGUGUACGUAGUAUGUGCAUCCGUGCGGUCGUGAGUUCGUGCGUCUUGUAAACAAUUGCUUGUGAACACGAUACAGUCUUCAGUUUUGAUUGUAUCUCGAUGAAACUUGUACAGUAUCCAGAUGUCCAUUAGAGCUUGGUUCCUUUCGAAAACCAGCAAGAUUCGCCCAUGAAUGCCUAGAUUAUGGGCCAUGAAAGUUUUAAAGAAAUGCUUUCUAUUUUUAGCCAGGUCUGCAUGAGUGAAUUCUAUUUUUAGCCAAGUUUACAUGUAUAUGUAAAUUCAAGUCUAGAGUUAAGGGAGACAAUUUGCAAGUCUAGGAUUUUGAGAGACAAUUUGCUUUUUGCUUCUGCAGUUGAUUUUGUGAAUUACUCUGCCUUGAUCUUGUUGAAAGCCUAAAGGCCAUUUUUUAGCUUUAAGUUCUGUAGUUUGCGCAUUCAUCUUAACAAAAUUGGUUGUGAAUGUUUAAGUUAUGCACCUGGUGUCAUUACUGGCCACACCCAGGGUUCACAGGUUUGGUAAACAUAAAUCUGGAAAGGUUUGAAAAAAAUCUUUUUGUGUGUUCGUGCAUCCAUCUCAGCACAAUUGAUUGGGAAUGUUUGUUCAAAUGGAUCAAUGUUGUCCAAGGAUGCCCUUGACUUUGACCUUUUGACCAACUUUUUUUAACUUUUAAAACUACAGAAAUUUUUACUAUGAGUACAGUUUUGAAAGCAUUUUUUUUUGUCAGAUGACUUUUACUUGGCACAUAUUAAAAUAGUUCAUGCAACUAAUCUGCUUACAAUACUUUCUGGGCUCAGAUGUUGAACGUGCUACAAUUUCAGGUAACCCAAACACAAAACAUAAACUAUAUGUCUGUUGCCUUUUACCCAUGCAUACAUGCUCUUGAUUGAUAUGACCACAAAAGCCAUGCCAGUAGAGCAUAGGCCCUUUUGGGCCUCUUGUUUAAAUAGAAUUAUGCAAAAUGUGCACACAAAGUUUGAGGACAAGUCUUUCUUAAGUUAUUGAUGGAAACCCGUUUUCUGCUAAAGGUAACCCUGACCUUUGACACAGUAAUCCCUGCGUAUACCAUGCUUUAGAGCCAACAUUAUAAAUCCACACAUAUCAAUGUCACCCAGACAAUACAAUACAUACAUCUUCUGCUGCGGCUUUCGAUGUGUUUUGAAGAACAUUGGUUCCAAAUUUCAUGAACUCUGAUAUCUCUCACGACCCAGUUCCCUAUAAAAGGUCAUGAUAAAACUACAAGGUCACUAAUGGUAAAACUACAAGGUCACUCAUACUACAAGGUCACUCAUGGUUAAACUAUAAGGUCAAAUUAGGCAAUUGUGUGUAGAUUGGUUGACUUAGACUUGGACCUGUUUUAAAACUAGAUAUUGCCUAAACAGUCAUGUUUUAUAUGAUAUUUAAAUUUUAUUAGUUUAUUUUAUAAGCAUUGUUCAAAUUUUAGUGACAAAAAAUGGAAUAAAUACAAAAUUAGA